UCUGUCCCGACAAAAUAAAUGGAGGCUCUCUCUCCCUCCUUAUAGCACGGGCUAAUUGGUAGAGUUAAUGAAUAAUCAAACUCCGUCGGGGGAGGAGUGGGUAUUUUGAAUGUAAACGUUUGAGCGGCUUACCUGGUAAUAAACAGCCUCUGUGGCGCUCAUUUGCUUCUGGGAGAGAGAGAUGGUGAUGGAGAUGGACGGUCCCCUUGACUUCGAAUCAGAAAACCUUGCCUUCAGCUUCAGCAUCAAGAAAAAAAAAAGAAAGGCUAUCGGUUUGGAUGAUCUUAUUACUGAUUAUUACAAGGAAAAAAAUAAAGUAUUCGAAAGAGACUUGGCACGAAAGAAAUCGUAUAAAGGUGAUUCAGAUGAGGAAUGUGACAGAACAGGGAAAAACAAAGAGGCUUUGUUAUCCAAGUUCGUUGAUGAGUGUGAAAAACAGGUUCAUGAAAUUGGAACAGAUGAUGAGAUUUCUCUAUGGGGGCUUCAGGUUUUUGGACUUCAGAAAGCUCGUCCAUCACCAGUUCAACCUGGGCCAGACACUUGUGCUCUUUUGCAGUCUCUCUCUGACAAUGAGCUCAAUUCAUUGCUGGGCAUGAAUUCUGAGAAAGGAUUGAACUUCCUAGAAGGUUUGUUACUAAAUGGAUGGCUUUCAAGGUUUGCGCUUACGUCUGGAUAUCUUGAAGAUUCUAUAGCUUCUUGGGCCUUCUAUUUAAUGUUGUACUCUACAAGUGAUGCAUUGCAGACAUCUGCUUGUGAUCUUUGGUCGACAAUUCUUAUGUCUGAUGCCAAUGAUGGUCAACCAUUAGUUAGGUUAGAUUGGAUUCCAAGCCAUUCACAUCUAAAAGAAGCUCUGGACAUAUAUGGAUUUCUCAGAGACGUCUCUCUUACAAAUUAUGGGGUCUCGAAUUUGGAGCUCAGUGAAUCUGAAGGGCCACCCCAGAAUAUAAGGUCAUGGGUCAGAUUUCUCACUGCAUGUUGUCAAGCAAGGAAUAUGAAAACAAUGUUUUUGACCCAUGAAGUGGAAUAUUUUCUUGGUGUGGUUAUUAAUUUCUUCCUAGACAGAAAGCUUCUUUGUAAGUCCAAGUUGUUGCAAGAAUGCCUGCUCUCAGUUAUGAGUUUUUUUACUGAUGAUGAAUGGAAGGUCAGCUCUGAGAAGGUUUCAGAUUCAUUGGCUUGCCGUAUUCCAAAGGACAUGAACUGCUUGAGGAUCAUCGAAUGCAUACCUGGUUCAAACACACGCAGUAAACACCUCCGAAGAGAGAUUGCCUUUCGGAUCCUAAUAAAUUGCUUGAAUGUGAAGGGGAAAAAUGCCGAAGAAGUGCUGUCAUCACUCGUGUCUAUUAAGAUCAGGGAAAAAGAUUGUGAUUUUUCUCGGAUCUACAUCUAUCUAGUUUUGACGGACAAGUGGCUUUGGUCUAAUCCUUUAUUAAAAGAAAAACCAGUUCUCCUUGAAAUGUGGAUGCUGUAUCUCCGGAAUUGUUCCUGCCAAGUUACAAGCACCGAUUGGAGGCCCUAUGCCUCAAAGGUGCGUAACAAAGCCUCGUAUCUCAUACAAAUCUAUCAGCGUCAUCAGAAGCAGAUGUAAAUAGAAGGUGUUCACAAUGAGAUGAAUCCAUUUUGCUUUAAGAGGUACUUUCCCACAAGGAAAAUAUGGUGUAUUUAAGAUGAGCGGAGCAGCAAUUUUGGUUUGUGCUAUGGUUAGUGGCUAUUCCAUGUCCUGAUCUAUUGCCUCCUGUUAUUUGCAUUGGCCUCUUAUCCUUUGGGGAGUUGGCACCUUUCUUGGGCCUUGUAGAUGAGGAAACUUCUUUGCCCUCCAAUGGAAAUGAGAACAAUUUCUAGUUCAUGGCUAAACUCUUUUUAUUUAUUUAAUCGUGUUGACAUUGCCACUACAACUUGCAUUACCACUACACUAUCUUUAAUAUGGCAAGCCUUGGUUGGAGUAUCAAGUGAA